AUGCCUGCUCUCGGGGCCCGAGGCGGGCGGGCUGCGCUCACGGCGCCGUUGUCCCGUGUGCCGCAGGUCCUCUACCAGGUGCCCCUCAGGGAGAGCCGCGUCGCCAAGAGGAACGUGGGCCAGCAGCUCCGCAUCAGGUUCCUCUACGACAGGAGCGUGGAGGACUUGCUUCCUGAGAAAAGACACCUUGUUAAGAGCAAACUCCUUCCUCAAGCUAUUUCUUAUUUGGAGAAGACUUUUCAAGUGCGCAAACCUACAGGUACUAUAUUACUAAGCAGGCAGUGUGCAACAAACCAGUAUUUAAGGAAGAAAGCUGACCCUCACAGAUACUGCCGAGGAGCCUGUGCAGACCAAACAAGAUGUGGGCCAGUUAUAGUUCCUGAGAAGCAUCUCCAGCAAUGCAGGGUGUGCAAUGAGACUGAAUGGCACUGCGGGCCCGUUGGCCUGCCUGACCAAGAAGGUGUUCGAGACGCCGACUUUGUGCUUUACGUCAGUGCUCUCACUACUGAGAGGUGUGGCCAUGAAAAUAUCAUUGCGUAUGCAGCCUAUUGCCAGCUCGAAGCUGAAAUGGAUAGGCCAAUAGCAGGGUAUGCUAACUUGUGUCCAAAUAUGAUUUCAACUCAAGCUCAAGAAUUUGUUGGCAUGUUGUCUACAGUGAAACAUGAGAUUAUCCAUGCCCUGGGUUUCUCUGCUGGACUGUUCGCAUUUUAUCGUGAUGAUGAUGGAAAACCUUUAACAACAAGAUCCAUGGACGGGCUUCCUCCUUUUAAUGAAAGUCUAGGUUUGUACGAGUGGAGCAAUAAGGUGGUGGUUAAAGCUGUGAGGCUAUGGGAUGUACGUGGUGGCAAAAUGCUGCGCCAUGCUGUGAAUCUUCUUAUAACGCCUCGUGUAGUUGAAGAAGCUCGGAAACACUUUAAUUGUCCAAUCCUGGAGGGAAUGGAGCUUGAAAACCAGGGUGGUAUGGGUACCGAGCUGAAUCACUGGGAGAAGAGACUGUUGGAGAAUGAAGCAAUGACUGGAUCCCACACGCAGAACAGAGUCUUCUCCAGAAUCACCUUAGCAUUAAUGGAAGACACUGGUUGGUAUAAAGCAAAUUACAGCAUGGCAGAGAAAUUAGACUGGGGACGUAACAAAGGCUGUGACUUUGUAAUGAAGAGCUGCAAGUUUUGGAUCGACCAAAAGAAACAAAAGAGGCAAUUAAUCAGUCCGUACUGUGACACUUUGAGGAGUAACCCUCUGCAGCUGACCUGCAGGCAGGACCAAAGAGCAGUAGCCGUGUGCAAUUUACAGAAGUUUCCAAAACAGUUACCUCAGGAAUAUCAGUAUUUUGACAAUCUAAAUGGAGUGCCAGCAGAAGACUUGCCUUAUUAUGGUGGCUCAGUGGAAAUUGCUGAUUAUUGUCCCUUUAGUCAAGAAUUUAGCUGGCAUUUAAGUGGGGAAUUUCAGCGCAGCUCAGACUGUAGAAUACUGGAAAACCAACCAGAUCCCACCAAAAACUACGGUGCAGAGAAAUAUGGACCAAACUCUGUAUGUCUUAUUCAGAAAUCAGCUUUUGUAAUGGAACAGUGCAGGAGGAAACUCAGUUACCCUGACUGGGGUAGUGGAUGUUAUCAAGUUUCUUGCUCUCCGCAAGGGCUGCAUGUUUGGGUCAAGGACACUGCAUACUUGUGCAGUCGCUCGGGUCAGGUAUUAAGUGUUAGCAUCCAGAUGAACGGCUGGGUACAUGUUGGGAAUCUCGUUUGUCCGGCCUGUUGGGACUUCUGUGAUUCCUGUCCUCCUGAGCGGGAUCCUCCAGCUUCCAACUUAACAAGAGUUGCACCAGUUGAUUUAUGCUCCUGCUCACCCAGUCUGGUUGUCACCCUCUGGCUCCUGAUGGCCAACUUGAUUCCCCUGCUAACGGGGAUCUUUCUCUGCGCCUGGAGCUGAGUGUGGGGAAA